AUGAAGUUCUCUCUGGCUUCCCUCGCAUUGCCCGUUGCGGUUAACGCCGCGGCGUACUCUGCCCAAGAGUAUGCAUCGGGUGCUGUCCACGCUCACUUGAUGAAGCUCAAGACUGACCAAUGGGCACACGAUGAGGAGCUGCGCGUUGGUGCCAACAACACCGAGCUGUGGCCGUCGUGGAAGAACUACGAGGCCGUCAAGUUCGGCAAGAAGGAGAAGGUCGAGUGCAAGAAGGGACUCGCCAUUGUCGAGAAGGGCAAUGCCAACCAGACUUUCCGUUGCGACAACAUCGACCUCUACGACUUUGCCAACCACGCUGAUCUUGGUGGCCCCGAGGGUCGUGGAUCCUCCAGUUGGGGGUGGACUGCCAAGAACGGCCGUGAGUUUGGUAUCAUUGGCCAGUUCAGCGGUGCUGCCUUCAUUGAGAUCACCAAGAAGGGCAAGAUUGAGUACAUCGGUCGCCUGCCUGCUCAGGACCCCAUUGGUUCCCGAUGGCGCGAGAUCCGAGUCCUGAACGACUACGUUGUCAUCGGCUCUGAGGCCGUCAACCAUAACGUGCAGAUCUUCGACCUCAACAAGCUUCUUACGCUUGACCCCAAGAACCCCAAGGUCUUUGACACCCAGAAGGACCUGACUGGUCUCUUCAGCGACACCCUCCCCAUCGGUCGCACACACAACAUUGUCAUUGACUGGGACAACGAGUACGCCAUUGCCGUCGGUGCUCAACCCCGCAACCAGACUUGUGCUGCCGGUCUGCAGUACAUUGAUCUCAAGGACCCCACCAAGCCCUCCACCCCCGGCUGUGCCAGCCAGGACGGCUACGUCCACGACGCGCAAUGCGUGACCUACAACGGCCCUGACCGCCGCUACCGCGGACGCAACAUCUGCGUGGGUUACAAUGAAGACACCGUCACCAUUUACGACUCGACCUCCAAAGACGGCAAGCCUGCAUCCGAGGUCCUGUCCAAGCUCUCGUACCCCGGCGCCUCCUACACCCACCAGGGUUGGUGGACCGAGCGCAACUGGCACCAGUUCAUCCUGUUCAACGACGAGCUCGACGAGCAGAACAAGGCCGGUCCUGCCGCGUCUGGCCGCCCCGUCACCCACAUUGCUGAUCUGUCUGACCUCAAGAACCCCAAGUACACCGGUAACUUCUUCGCCACCGACAAGAAGGGCAUUGACCACAACCUGUACAUUGUCGACGGCCUGGCUUACCAGUCCAACUACGGCAACGGUCUCUGGGUCCACGACAUCCGCUCCAUCAAGAAGGACCCCACCGGCAAGGGCGUCACUACCGAGGCCUUCUUCGACAUCUACCCCGAGGACGACGCGGGCGAGGGCACCGUGACCUUCGUCGGCACCUGGUCCCACUUCCUGUUCCCCUCCGGCUACAUCCUCGUCAACACCAUCGAGCGCGGCGUCUUCAUUGUCAAAAUCGACAAGGGCCGUGGCGGCGGCAAGGGCCCCGGCUUUGGCGGAAAGUCAAAGGGCGGCAAGAGGUCGCUCUAA